UUAGACGUUGAAGAAAUGGAACAAGUUUGCAAGAAAUUUACCAAAGAUAUUCGAUCGUUGGGCAAAACAGUGCGACAUUGGCAACCGUUUCUGCAUGUCGAACAACUGCUGAAGAAUUUGCAAACUUCACUGCGUGCGAUUACCGAACUCCAGAAUACGGCGAUUCGAGACCGGCAUUGGAACGAGCUUAUGCAAUCGACUGGCGUAAACAUUCGAACUAAGAAAUCAACGACUCUACGAGAAUUGUUAAGUUUGAAUUUGCACCUGUUCGAAGAAGACGUUAAAAUCACUGUGGAUAAGGCGGUUAAGGAAAUGGCUAUGGAGAAAACAUUGCACGAUAUCGGCAAUGUGUGGAACAACAUGGAAUUCGAAUAUGAGACACACCAACGAAGCGAUCUUCAACUGUUGAAGGUGUCCGAGGAGCUUAUCGAAACGUUGGAGGAAAAUCAAGUUCAGAUACAGAAUAUGUCAACAUCGAAGUACAUUGGCUACUUUGAGGCAGAAUUUGCCGCCUGGCGUACGAAACUAAGUAACGCAGAUCAGAUCGUGAAUAUCUGGUCAGAGGUGCAGAGGAAAUGGACGUACUUGGAGAGUAUUUUCACACAGUCUGAAGAUAUACGAAGACAAUUGCCUGAUGACUCGGAACGAUUCGAUGAAAUUGACAAAAAUUUCCGCAUCAUCUUGAGCGAAUUGACUCAGUCCAAGAAUGUUAUGAUUGUCACGAAUCAAUGCGGUCUCUAUGAACGAAUCGAAGCUGCACUUUCGGGUUUAAUUCUUUGCGAGAAGGCGUUGAACGAUUACUUGGAAACGAAGCGGUUAGCCUAUCCGCGAUUCUAUUUCAUAUCUCCAGCUGACCUGCUGGAUAUUCUGUCCCAUGGAACUGAACCGAAAAUUGUUGGUCGUCAUUUGACCAAAUUGUACGAUUCCAUAAUGAGACUGCACUACCCCGAAGGGAGUAAAAUUGCGGUUGGAAUGUAUUCGAAGGAAAACGAAGAAUACGUAGAGUUCUGUACGGAGUGUCACUGCACUGGGAACGUGGAAAUUUGGCUAAAUGAAGUUACAGAAACAAUGCGUUCCACAUUGCACAAACUAUUUGCAACGGCAGUCGUCGAGUACGAAGACAAAGUUCGAGAGUCGUGGAUAUUUGAUUGGCCAGCACAGGUGGGACUGUGCAUAACACAAAUUUGGUGGUCAAUCGAAGUGAAUGAGGCCCUUAAGAAGCAACAACAAGGCUACGAAAAUGCAUUGAAGGACUACCAGAAAAAGCAAAUCAAUCAACUGAACGCGUUGAUAAGUUUAUUACUCGGUGAAUUGACUGUCGGUGAUCGUCAGAAAAUCAUGACCAUCUGCACCAUCGAUGUACAUUCGAGGGAGUGUGUGGCAAAAAUGAUUGCGCAACGGGUUGAAAAUGCAACUGCUUUCCAAUGGCAGAGUCAACUUCGUCAUCGAUGGGACUUUGAACAAAAUGAUUGUUUUGCGAACAUUUGCGAUGCGCAGUUCAAAUACGAUUACGAGUACUUGGGAAAUACACCGAGGCUUGUGAUAACACCGUUGACCGACCGUUGCUACGUAACAUUGACUCAGUCGCUACAUUUGAUAAUGGGUGGAGCUCCAGCAGGACCAGCUGGUACGGGGAAAACUGAAACAACUAAAGAUCUCGGCAAAGGAUUGGGCGUCAUGGUCUACGUGUUCAAUUGCUCCGAACAGAUGGACUAUCGAUCUUGCGGUAACAUUUACAAAGGUCUAGCGCAGACAGGCGCAUGGGGCUGUUUCGAUGAAUUCAAUCGCAUUUCGAUCGAAGUACUGUCCGUUGUGGCGGUACAAGUGAAAUGCAUUCAAGACGCAAUUAAGACCAAAAAGACCAAAUUCAUGUUUAUGGGAGAAUGCAUCACGUUAACCAAAACGAUUGGCCUAUUCAUUACCAUGAACCCGGGAUAUCUCGGUCGAACUGAAUUGCCCGAAAACUUAAAAGCUCUAUUCAGACCUUGUGCGAUGGUCGUUCCAGAUUUUGCAUUAAUCUGCGAAAUAAUGUUGGUAGCUGAAGGAUUUCAAGAGGCUCGUCUGUUAGCGAAAAAAUUCAUCACGCUGUACUCUCUGUGCAAAGAACUUUUGUCUCAACAAGAUCAUUACGAUUGGGGCUUGAGAGCAAUUAAAUCUGUUUUGGUCGUAGCUGGAUCAUUACGACGAGGCGAUCGACAACGACCUGAAGAUCAGGUUCUAAUGCGAGCGUUGAGGGACUUUAACAUACCAAAAAUAACUUCAGAUGAUCUGCCAAUAUUUCUCGGGCUCAUCGGUGAUCUAUUUCCAGCUUUAGAUGUACCAAGAAAGAGAUGUUUUGAAUUUGAGAAACUCAUCAAAAAAUCUGCGUCCGAGUUGAGAUUUCAGCCGGAGGACGGAUUUCUACUGAAGGUCGUUCAACUCGAUGAAAUAUUGGCGGUCAGACAUUCAGUGUUUAUUGUCGGAAAUGCUGGCACUGGUAAAUCGGCCAUCUGGAAAACACUCAACAGGACGUAUCAUAAUCAAAAGCUGAAACCGCAUUUCAAUGAUUUGAAUCCCAAAGGUGUGACGAAUGAUGAACUAUUUGGUGUUAUAAACCAAACGACGCGGGAGUGGAAAGACGGCCUAUUUUCGGUUAUAAUGCGAGACCAGGUGAAUCUUCGAAGCAAAGGUCCGAAAUGGAUCGUUUUGGACGGCGAUAUAGAUCCGAUGUGGAUAGAGUCGUUGAAUACUGUUAUGGACGACAAUAAAGUGUUAACGUUAGCUAGUAACGAACGUAUCGCUCUAACUAAUGAGAUGCGGCUCCUGUUCGAAAUAGCCGAUUUGAAAGCAGCUACUCCAGCUACAGUCAGUCGAGCUGGUAUUUUGUAUAUCAAUGUUGAUGAUUUGGGAUGGUACCCAUUCGUGUCGUCGUGGGUGGAAACACGAGAGAAUCUAUUGGAACGGUCGACGUUAACGUUUCUAUUCGACAAAUAUCUACCGAUAGUCUUGGAAGGGACUAGAAGUUUCAAACGAAUAACGCCCACCUCCGACAUAGCAAUGAUACAGAUGACGUGCCACUUACUGGAGUGUCUUCUGGUUCCGAAAAAUUUGCCCUCCGACUUUUCGAAAGAGUUGCACGAAAUGUUUUUCGUUUUUGCGAUAAUCUGGGGUUUCGGAUCGACAUUGUAUCAUGACCAGCUGAUUGAUUGGCGUAACGAGUUUAAUCGGUUCUGGCAUCAGGAAUUCAAAAAUGUCCGAUUUCCCUACGAUGGCAGCAUUUUCAAUUAUUUCAUUGAUCCGAAAUCCGGUACGUUUCGGCCGUGGUCAGAUUUGGUAACCGAAUUCGUUUUGGAUGUGGACAUACCGUUACAAUCGACAUUGGUUCAUACGCCUGAAACAGUGAGAUUAAGGUGGUUCUUAGAUAUCCUCAUCGAUAAGAAACUGCCGAUAAUGUUCGUCGGUGGCGCGGGAUGCGGUAAAAGCGUGAUUUUAGCCGAUAAAUUUGCGUCUCUAUCUGAACUGUAUGUCGUAACAAACAUUCCGCUCAAUUUCUACACAUCGUCUGAAAUGCUACAGAAGAUCCUAGAAAAACCUCUGGAGAAAAAAGCUGGUCGAUGUUACGCUCCAGCGAGGAACAACUUCAUGCUCUUUCACGUUGACGAUUUGAAUAUGCCGGAAGUGGAUCGAUUCGGAACGGUUGCAGCUCAUCAAAUUUGUCGUCAGUUCAUGGACUAUCGCCAUUGGUAUGAUCGGUCCAAGUUAACGUUAAAAGACAUCCAGAAUUGUCAGUUCAUUGCAUGCAUGAAUCCGACUGCUGGCUCGUUUACCAUAGAUCCUCGACUGCAGCGACACUUUUGCUCAUUCGCUGUUGGAACACCGUGCGAAGAUUCGAUGUACACGAUCUACCAUACUCUACUCAGCCAACAUUUAUCCUUCGAAAGCCAUCGGUUUUCUCCACAACAUUUGAAAAUUGCAUCACCCCUGGUCGCGAUGGGUUUGGCAUUACAUUCGAGAAUAUCCCUAGCAUUCCUUCCGACUGCCAUUAAGUUCCACUACAUUUUCAACUUGCGCGACUUGAACAACAUUUACCAGGGAAUUUUGUACUCGAACAAAGAAACUUGCCCCGAACCGGAAGAAUUGUGCAGACUGUAUGUACACGAGGCGUAUCGGGUGUACGGUGACAAGAUGGUAAGUGACUCAGACGCUGAAAACUUCCGAAAAAUUUUCCGCGAAACGUUCAAGAAGAUCAUGGAAGACAUGGACGAUCAUAAGAUAUUCAAAGAGCCAUUGAUUUACUGCCACUUCGCCGAUGGACUGGGUGAUCCCAAAUACAUGGCUGUGAGAAAAUGGGACAUAAUGUCGGACAUAUUGAAGGAAGCGCAACAAGGCUAUAACGAGAUAGUGGGCUACAUGAAUUUGGUGAUGUUUGAGGAUGCAAUGGCGCAUGUGUGUCGCAUCAAUCGAAUCUUAGAAGGUCCCAGGGGAAAUGCUUUACUGAUUGGUGUUGGUGGUUCCGGAAAACAGUCAUUGGCCCGAUUGGCCGCUUACAUUUCGUCGUUGAGUGUGUAUCAGAUACAGAUUCGCCGGGGAUAUGGGAUCGGCGAUCUAAAAUCGGACAUCAGUACGCUGUUCAUGAAAGUCGGUGUGAAGAACAUCAACUCAAUGUUCCUGAUAACCGAUGCUCAGGUUACCGACGAAACAUUUUUGGUUCUUAUCAACGAUCUAUUGGCUUCCGGCGAAAUACCAGACCUGUUCACAGAAGAAGAGAUUGAUACCAUUGUUAAUGCUGUUCGGAAUGAAGUCAAACAGUGUGGUGUGUUGGACACGAAAGAGAAUUGCUGGAAACACUUUGUGGAUAAAGUCAGGAAAAUGUUGAAGAUCGUGCUGUGUUUUUCACCGGUUGGAGAAAAGCUUCGCCGACGAGCUAGAAAGUUCCCAGCCUUAGUGAAUUGCACUCAAAUAGAUUGGUUCCAUGAAUGGCCACGAUCGGCGCUUGAGUCAGUAUCGAAACAGUUUCUAGCCGAAUUGGAAGUGUUACCGAACGAAAUCGUUGAGUCGGUUUCGACUUUCAUGGCAUACGUUUUCUCCACGGUUAAUGAAACAUCGCAAACGUAUUUGAUCAAUGAGCGACGGUACAACUACACCACUCCCAAAUCGUUCCUGGAAUUGAUUUCCUUGUACUCGAAAUUGUUGACCAACAAAACGUCGGAAACGCAUCAGAAGAUAAAAAGAUUGGAAAACGGUUUGGUCAGGCUAGCCAUUUGUGCUAAUCAAGUUGAUAGUCUGAAGCACGUUCUGGCUGAACAGGAGAUCCAAUUAGGUGUGAAGAAUGAAGCCGCCGAUAAGUUAAUCGUUGUGGUUAGUUCAGAAAACGAAAUCGUUCAAAAGGAGAAGAGGAUCGCCGCUUCCGAAGAAAGAAAAAUCCGAAUCAUCGAAGAGGAUGUCUCGUUGAAGGCGAAAUUAUGCGAAGAAGAUUUGCAUAAAGCUGAACCGAUGCUGGUUGCAGCUCAAGAGGCCCUUAACACAUUAAACAAAAAUAACAUCACCGAACUCAAGUCGUUCGGAACACCACCACAAGCUGUAAUAAAUGUCUGUGCCGCCGUGCUGGUGUUAUUUUCUUCGAAAGGUAAAUUGCCCAGAGAUCGAUCGUGGAAAGCUUGCAAGCAAAUGAUGGGAGCAGUAGACAAGUUUCUUCAUCAGUUGAUUAAAUUUGACAAGGAACAUAUUCCAACGAAAGUUAUUACGGCACUGAAGCCAUACCUUGAUGACCCUGAAUUCGAUCCUCAAAAAAUUCUGGCGAAGUCAACAGCUGCAAGUGGACUUUGUGCUUGGGUGAUCAACAUCUACAGAUUCUACAACGUCUACUUGAUUGUGGGACCGAAACAAAGAGCUCUGAGAGAUGCACAGAUGGAACUGAGAUCUGCUCAGGAGAAAAUGGAUUUUUUCAAUAAGAAAAUUAUGGCCAUUGAGGAAAAACUGUCGGCAAUAAAGGCGGAAUUCGAUUCUGCCAUGUCGGAGAAAACACGAUAUCAAGAGGAAGCGGAUAAGACCACCUUUACAAUUGAUCUGGCACACAGACUCGUCAAUGGUUUGGGAUCGGAAGCAGUUCGUUGGCAUCAGUCGGUGGAGAAAUUGAGGAACCAAGUUACUAAGCUACCUGGGGACGUACUACUCAUCGCCUGUUUUGUCUCGUACGUCGGUAGUUUCACUCGUCCGUAUCGUAGUUAUUUAAUCGAAAAAUUGUGGAAGCCAACGUUUCGAGACUUAAAGCCCGAAAUUCCUCACACCGAUGGCAUUGACCCUUUAGAUUUGAUUUGUGAUGAUGCACAGAUUGCUGCUUGGAACAAUGAAGGGCUACCAAGCGAUCGUAUGUCAACGGAAAAUGCAAUUAUUCUGAUCAAUUCGAUGCGAUGGCCGCUGAUAAUUGAUCCACAAUUACAAGGCCUCAAAUGGAUCAAGCAGAAAUUCGGAACCAAAGUCAUUAUCGUUCAAUUGUCGCAACGGAAGUAUUUGGACAUAAUUGAAAAGGCUAUUCCGGCUGGUGAUAUAGUUUUGAUAGAAAACAUCGGAGAAUCUGUGGACGCCGUUUUGGACACCCUGCUCAGUCGUACGUUAAUAAAGAAGGGAAAAGCCAUCAAAAUUGGCGAUAAGGAAGUCGACUUCAAUCCAAAUUUUAAAUUGAUUUUACAAACGAAACUGGCGAAUCCUCACUACAAACCAGAAAUGCAGGCCCAAACCACUUUGAUCAACUUUACCGUGACCAGAGACGGGCUUGAAGAGAUGCUAACAGCUGAAGUUGUAAAGGCCGAUCGUCCCGAUUUGGAGAAAUCUAAAUCCGAGCUUACGAUGCAACAGAAUUCCUUCAAAAUAUCUUUGAAAUCGCUUGAAGACGAUCUUUUAGCCCGUCUGUCGUCAGCUGGUGAAAAUGUGCUCGAUGAUCCGACGCUGGUCCUUAAUUUGGAGAAAACAAAGAAAACUGCCGCCGAAAUUGAAUUAAAAGUUGCUGAGUCGAGAAUAACUUCACUCAAAUUGGAUGCUGCUAGGGAGCACUAUCGACCCGCCGCAGAGCGUUCGUCAAUACUUUACUUUAUACUGAACGAUCUAGUUAAGAUCAACAAGAUGUACCAGUUUUCGUUGAAGGCUUUCAUUACAGUCUUUAAGAAAGCCAUUGCCAACACACCCACAGCAAUUAACGUCCGCGACAGGGUAAAGGCCUUGAUCAAUAACAUAACCCAUGCGAUAUUCAUGUACACUUGUCGCGGACUGUUCGAAAAAGACAAGCUUGUGUUCAUGACACAGAUGGUCAUACAGAUCUUGGCUCACAAGGAAGAAAUUUCGGUCAAAGAAAUUGAUUUCCUGCUCAGAUUUCCGCCGCACAUCCCAGCCGUUUCAUCUCCAUUCGACUUUCUAUCGAAUAAACUGUGGGGUGGCUUGAAAAUGUUGUCCCUGAUCGAUGGUUAUCGAGGUAUUGAUAAGGAUUUGGAACAGGCAACGAAACGUUGGAAAUUGUUUAUUGAGUCGGAGUCGCCUGAACGGAUCAAAUUGCCGGGUGAAUGGAAAAAUCGAACCCCAUUCCAAAAGCUCUGCAUAAUCAGAACAUUACGACCGGAUCGUAUGAUCUAUGCUGCAGUCGUGUGCGUCGAGGACAUCAUGGGAAAGCAAUUCGUUCAAUCGAGAAUGAUUUCUUUCGCUGACUCGUAUAAUGAAACCAGUGCAGUCACACCAGUCCUUUUUAUACUGUCACCGGGCGUGGAUCCUUUGAGUGAUGUGGAACGUUUGGGAAAGAAAUUAAACUUUUCGUCGGACCACAACAACUUUCAUAAUGUUUCGCUGGGUCAAGGCCAGGAACGAGUAGCUGAGAACGCCUUAAACGUUGCAUCUCGGGCAGGACAUUGGGUUAUUCUUCAAAAUAUUCACUUGGUGGCUAGGUGGCUGCCUAAAUUGGAAAAGAAGAUGGAACAGCUUGCGGAAAAGUCUCAUGAAAAUUUUCGACUUUUUAUCAGUGCCGAGCCUGCACCGUCUGAUGAGCAUCACAUCAUACCGCAAGGAAUAUUGGAAUCGGCGAUUAAGAUAACAAACGAGACUCCAACUGGAAUGAAGGCAAACCUUCAUAAGGCAUUGGACAACUUCAACCAGGAAACAAUGGAAAUGUGUUCGAAAGAAGCUGAAUUCAAAUCCAUCCUAUUCGCCCUCUGUUACUUCCAUUCAGUUGUGGCCGAGCGGCGUAAAUUUGGACCUCAAGGAUGGAACAUCAUUUACCCGUUCAAUGUGGGUGAUCUGACAAUCAGCGUUUAUGUUCUGUUCAACUACCUUGAAGGCAACAAAAAUGUACCGUGGGAAGACCUUCGAUACCUUUUCGGCGAAAUUAUGUACGGCGGACACAUAACUGACGAUUUUGAUCGACGACUUUGUCGCACCUAUCUGGAAGAAUUCAUGCAACCGGAACUGGUCGAUGGAGAUCUGGCAUUUUGCAAAGGUUUUGAUGCUCCGCCUAACCUUGAUUACGCCGGAUAUCAUCAGCACAUCAACAACUACUUGCCAAUGGAGUCACCGAACCUGUACGGAAUGCAUCCCAAUUCGGAGAUUGGAUUUUUGACGUCAUUAUCCGAUGCAUUGCUGAAAACGAUCUUAGAACUUCAACCGAUGACCAAUAAUUCAUCCGAUGGUGGUAUGACGCACGAGGACUCCGUGAAACAAAUGAUUGAGGAAUUCCAAGACAAAUUGCCGGACGAAUUCAAUAUGAACGAAAUUUUGGCCAGAGUGGAAGAGCGAACGCCAUUUGUUGUGGUUGCACUGCAAGAGUGCGAACGAAUGAAUUUACUGAUUGUUGAGAUCAGGAGGUCGUUAAGAGAACUUCUGCUGGGCUUGAAAGGAGAACUAAGUAUCACUGCUGACAUGGAAGUGCUCGACUCAUGCUUACUGUACGACAAAGUACCAGAUCGUUGGACGAAAUUGGCCUAUCCGAGUUUGCUAGGACUUCAGUCCUGGAUUGCUAAUCUAAUUUUGAGACAGAAAGAACUCGAUGGUUGGGUGAUGGACUUUACGAUUCCGACUACUGUCUGGUUGGCAGCAUUUUUCAAUCCACAAAGUUUCUUAACCGCAAUUAUGCAAACAACAGCACGGAAAAACGAAUGGCCACUGGAUAAGAUGUGCUUAAGCGUUGAAGUUACCGGUAAAACAAUCGAGGAUUUUAGCAACGCACCCAAAGAAGGGGCAUACAUUCAUGGUCUCUACAUGGAAGGUGCUCGAUGGGACGUUGAUAACAAUUGCAUUGGAACAUCUAAAUUGAAAGAUCUGUGUCCGUUGAUGCCAGUGGUGUACAUAAAGGCUAUUACACAAGAUAAACAGGAAACGAAAAAUAUUUACGAGUGUCCCGUCUAUAGAACGAGGUGA